AGAUAAAAAAAAAAAAAUAUUAUGUGUGUAAAUUUAUAAAGUUAUCCAAGUAGUAGCUGCUGCCAAAAAGGGUAGAUGAUAAAGUGAGAAAAAAAAAAUACCAGUCAGUGGGACUUGGGAGAGACUGGGAGAGACAGUAGAAAAGUCAUACACACACACACAAAUACACACAACUAGAAUAUACACAAAGUGAUAUGAUGAUAAUGAUAAUAAUAUUGAAAAAUAAAUAAUAACAACAGUGUAGUAAUAAUAUAUUUACAUACAGUGGUUGAUGGAGGGGAUUAUUAUUAACAGUUUAUAAUUAUAAUUAAGUGUAAUUAUAAUUUAUAUAUUACUGUGUAUAUUUAUAUUAUUUAAAUUGUGUUUAAAAUGUCGGGUAAACUUAAGAAUAAAAUCAUAGAUUUACAAGAACGUUUCAUGGCGGAACAGGGUCCAAGCGACAGGGAUGGACAGAUUAAUGAUAUUUUACCAAGUGCAAAUAUUCAAACACCAUCAAUAUUACCAAUGUCUAGUCCAGUUAAUAGAAGACCUAGACAACUUGAUAUGGGAACACCAACAAGAUCAAGAAGACAAUUAGAUUUACCUGUACAUCAAAUACCUCCAAAACCUCAUGACAUUGAAGUUGAAACAAAAAUACGUGAAAUAAUGAAAAUGAAUGGUAUGUUAACAAUAAAUGGUAAAAAAUAUUUAACUGAUAUGAAAGAUUUAAUUCAUAUGGGUGAACUUGGUAAUGGUACAUGUGGUCAUGUUGUUAAAAUGUUACAUAAACCAAGUAAUACUAAAAUUGCUGUUAAACAAAUGCGACGUUCUGGUAAUACUGAUGAAAAUAAAAGAAUAAUAAUGGAUUUAGAUGUUGUAUUAAAAUCACAUGAUUGUCCAUAUAUUGUACAAUGUUUAGGUUGUUUUAUAACUGAAUCAGAUGUAUGGAUAUGUAUGGAAUUAAUGGCAACAUGUCUUGAUAAAUUAUUAAAAAAAUCAGUACAACCAAUGCCUGAAGCAUUUUUAGGUAAAGUUACUGUUGCAACUGUUAAAGCAUUAUCGUACCUGAAAGAUAAACAUGGUGUUAUACAUAGAGAUGUUAAACCAAGUAAUAUAUUACUUGAUUCAUAUGGUGGUGUUAAAUUAUGUGAUUUUGGUAUAUCUGGUAGACUUGUUGAUAGUAAAGCUAAAACAAGAAGUGCUGGAUGUGCUGCAUACAUGGCACCAGAAAGAAUUGAUCCACCUGAUCCAACAAAACCAGCUUAUGAUAUUAGAGCAGAUGUAUGGAGUUUAGGUAUAACUCUUGUUGAAUUAGCAACUGGAGUUUUUCCUUAUCGAGAUUGCAAGACUGACUUUGAGGUAUUGAGUAGGGUAGUUGAAGAAGAUCCACCAGUUUUACCAUCAGAUGCUAAAUUUUCAAAGGAAUUUAGAUCAUUUGUUGCUUCUUGUUUGACUAAAAACUACAAACAAAGACCUAAAUAUACUAAAUUAAUGGAACAUUCAUUUAUAAAACUUUAUGAAAAUGAUUAUCCAGAAGAAAAUAUUUUAAUGACGGAUAGUUAUCAAUGGUUCAACAGUGUCAUGCAAGAUGUCAAUCCAAGUUACAGAUUGAUGAAUAAUGGACAAGAUAUUCAGCCUGAUGUAAAAUCAAUAUUACCAUUUAAAAAAAAUGAUGUAUCAGCAUUAAAAAUAGAAUCAAUAUCACCAAAAAAAUUAGAAGAAACAAUUUUAUCAUUAAAAAAAAUAGAAACAAUAUCAUUACCACAAAAAAAUACUGGUCAUAUAUCACUUAAACAAACGGUUCAUCAAAGAAGUCAUUCAGAAACUCCAAAUUUUGUUAAUAAAGAAUCACAAAAUUCAAGUCCUUUGUUUAAUCAAAGAGUUACGAAUAUUGAUAAUGGAGGUGGUACAAAUGCUUAUCCAUAUAGUCCUUAUACUUUUAAACGUAAAGAAUUUAUAACUAGGCCAUUUUCACCAACAACAAAUAAAGAUACAGUGAGUGAUCAUGAAACAAGACCGACUUACACAUCAUAUCGUCAGUAUAUUGAUCAAAAUCGUUGUGCAACAAAUGGUCAAACAAGUUAUAAAAAUGAUAGUCCAAAUAAUUUAGCUCAUUCAAGACCUUAUUCACCUUAUCUUGGACGUUAUGAUGAACGUGAUAAAAGUACAGAUAGAUGGCAAAAUGAAUCAAGAUCAUUGAGUCCAUUUAAAAGAGAUUAUUCACCAUGGAGACGUGAAAAUGUUGAUCCACCUGGUGUUAUUCAACCUGCUAUUGAAACAAGUAAAUAUUCACCAUUUGUACAACAUAGAAAAUUUUCAUCAUCAACACAAAAUCAUCCACAGUCACAUGAUAUUUAUGGAAGUCCAAUGAUUAGUCGCAAAAGAUUUCCAUCUGAACCACCACCACCAUUACCACCAUCAUCUACUUCACAUGGUUCAACAAGUCCUCAAUUACUUAUAUCAAGAUUUGCACAUCAACAAAAAUUAGAUGCAACAACAACAACAACAACAGCAAAUUCAACAGUUCAAACAAAUUCAAAAGAAUCAGCAAAAAAACGUUUUGCAUCAUAUGUUAGAUUAAGACUUGGUGGUGAUAGAGCACCAUCACCAGAACCACCACCAAGAUUGAGUCGUGGUGAAUCACCUCUUGCACUUAGAAGAAAUGUACCUGAACAAACAGCAUCACCUUCAUUUCCUAGAAGGUAUGUCUCACCAUCACCACCACAACCACCACCAAGAAGAUUAUCUGAAAGUAGUUCAGUACCAGGUAGCCCACAGUAUGCACGUUCUCGACUUCAUUAUACAUUAGAACAACAAGGUAGACCUCCACCUCCCUAACAAAUGGUCAUAACAAUACCACCAAAAUCAACAAUGGUGCCAUAUUGUGAUAUUAAUGAAGCAAUAUCACAAUCAUCUCAAUGCAAUUCACAUGAUCCAAAGAUAAGUUUCAAAUGUGGCGCACUAUUUUGUGGCGUUAAACCAAAAAAAACGUAGCACAAAAUUAAUCACAGGUGGUCUUUUCUUGAGAUUUAAAUUCCUGAUAUAUAUUUAUAUUUUUUUUUUUAAUUAUUUUAAUUUUAUAUUCAUUUUUGCAAGUAUAGAUGAGUGAUGACAGCAAAGAAAUAUUUCUUUAAUAUACUUAGAAAACAUUUUUUUUUUUUUUUAAAUUGAAUUUUCGUAAUACAAAUAUGACAAAUUCUUUUUAAGAAGUUAAUUGUACUACGUAUUUAUAAAUAAUAAUGAAAAAAUUGUAAUAUGAUGUUCAACUUUUUAUAUAUAAUUGUGAAAAAAAAAACAAACAAGUUGAGAUACGAAUCAAAUCACGUAAAUGUUUUUUCUAUGAUGAAUGUUUUUUUUUUUAAAUUAAAUAUUCAAUCUCAGGUCAUCUUGGUAUGUUGAUGAAAUUAUUUUUUAGUGCUGAAAUAUCUUUGAUGAUUUUUGUAUUUUCUAUUUAAAAAAAUAAUAAGAAAAAAAUGUAAAAUUAAUUGUUUGACGAGACAAAGUUAUGUCGAAAUUAUCUUGCAAACAGAUCCAAACAAAAAAGUUAUAUAAUUGUCAACUGCCUAGAUUUAUUUCGGUCGUAUAAUGAAGACUCGAUGGAGGUUCUAACUGCAAUAUAUAUAUUUAGAAAUAAAAUUUUUGUACAACGAGGGAAACACAUCUCCCGAAGAAAUAAAAAAAAAAAACAAACCAAACUAAAUGCGAG